UCUCAUUCUCCCCCUUCUCUUCGCGUUCUCCUCCUCUUCGUUCGAUCUCCUUCCGCCCCCCUCGACCCAGCGGCCGCUGCUUCGCUACUUCGUGUCCUUGUUCCUUCGCAAGAUCCGAUCUUGUUCGUCUUUUCUCGUCGGAUCCCGCCUCGCCGCGCGUGAUUGAUCGAUCAAUGCCACGCCUGGAGCUGUAGAAGCGGCCCCUGACGCUCCGCCUGGGAGAGGAGAGCUAUAGCAUGCACUUUAGGAGCGCGUAGGGGUGAAGAAGGCUCCCUGGCUGGCUACGGACGCGGAGAUGGAAACCUCGGGGAUGGAGGAGGAGGCGGCGUCGGCGGCGGGGCCUGCUCGGGUGGUGAAGGUGAAGCGGAAGCUUGUGGCCUCGUGCUUGACGUGCCCCAUCUGCAAUAAGCUCCUGCGGGAUGCUACAACCAUCUCCGAGUGCCUUCAUACGUUUUGCAGGAAGUGCAUAUAUGAGAAGCUUGACGAAGAAGAGACAGAUUGCUGUCCUGUCUGCAAUAUUCAUCUAGGUUGCCUUCCUGUAGAAAAACUCAGAGCUGAUCAUAAUCUGCAAGAUUUGAGAGCAAAGAUAUUUCCUCUAAAGAAACCGAAAAAUGGAGCAUGUGAUAGUGCCCCAUCCAUUAUAUUGCCUGUUAGAAGAAAAGAAAUUUCUCUUUCUUCAUUGGUGAACUCUCCAAGAGUAACUGCACAGACAGGUCCAACAGGAAGGCGAAAAAAAUCAGUUGGCAAUAAGACUGCUGCAUUUCAUGGUUGUGAAUCAGCAGUCUGUAAAAAUGAGGAUGAUACAACCGAUAAGUUUGUGAAAAAAUCAAGCUCAAAUGGGAACUCUAUCAAGCAGUCUCUUAGCGGCAGACAGGCUUGUUCAAAUUCCAACAGUUCCUACAGUAAUGCUAAUAAAAAUACAGAGAAUGGUGACAAGACUAUUGAGGAUAGGGAAGAGCUCUGGGAACCUUUGAAUUGCUUAGUUGAAGCUGCAAAUAGAACCAAAUCUUCUAGGUCAGGUUCACAGAAUCCUAUCAUUAAGCCUGAGAAAAAAAAACUUCUUGAUGGUGAUACAAAUACUAACAAAACCAUAAUUGAGCAUCUUCACGAGUCCAAAGCUCAGGAUGAGAAAGAUGGCAAUUUUCAAACAGCUCGUAUGAAAGUAAAGGCCAGAAGUUUGAAGGCAGUGAAUGAGAAAAAGGGUACUCUUGUCAACUCCACCCAGACAUUACUUGAUGCUCAAAGUGAUAAAAAGAUAGCUCCACUGUGGUUUUCCUUGGUUGCCUCUUCUGACAAGACCGGCGAUCUCUUGUUUCCCCAAAUAUCAACUAAUUAUUUGAGGAUAAAAGAUGGUAAUAUACCCGUUUCUUACAUUCAAAAGUACCUUGUCAAGAAGCUCAAUCUUGUCAGCGAAGAUGAGGUUGAAAUAACAUGUCACGACGAACCAGUGCUGCCCACAAUGUCCCUGCACAAUGCGGUCGAACAGUGGCUGAGAGGAACACUGCCGUCGCAGAGGCUACCGGCAGUUAUCGGCGGUUCAGCCAAAGAGUUUGUGGUGGUGCUAGGCUACAGACGGCGCCAAAUUGCAGCAUGAUGAAUGUGAGACCGAGCUCGAGCCAUCCACACUGAGCUGAACGUAACCUUGCGCGUCGGAUCCUUCAGCAUUCAGAGAUGGUAAAAAAAUGAGCCUUGAUCUUGCAUCUGAUUGCUUCUUGUUUCAUCCUCUUCAGUUCAUAGUUUGUGCUCCAGGCAAAAUUCAGAUCUUCAUGAGGCGUUAUUAUUCAUAACGUAGCAUAAAAGUGGUGCCAUGUUUCUAAUUAGAGGAGAAAAUUAAAUGAUGUGAUUUAUC